AUGUAUCAAGAAAAUACUUCCAUUCAUUUCGAAUUUUUAACGCUUUUAUUCGUCAGACACCAUCUACAUCUAUCUAAUUCUCACACGAUGUAUCAUUAUUCGAGCACGAAUCAUAAAACUCUUUUAAAACCAGCUUCACCUUUGCUGAUGGAACAUGCGAAUAUUUUCUCUCGAGAGACCGCCUUUGACCCAUUAAAUUAUGCCUUCGAUGCGGAAACAAUGAUCGAACCGUUUACUUACUUUCAUGAUGGGCCAGCGGAAUCGCGCCGAAAACCACUCGUCUUCUCAUCGAUCUCAUCUUCGUCCUCAUCCAAUUAUUCUUGGUCGCCCGCAAGUAGCAUCUCACCAUCAGAAGAAAAUCCUCAAGGCUACUACCAUCAGUUCAACAAUGUAUUACAUUCGAAACAUCAACACCAACCACAAUAUCAAUAUCCAAAAACAAUUUGCCGACACUGUAAAAGCCACAAUAUGCCCGAAUGCCUCUACACCUCUCAUUCAAUGUACGACGAGAGCGGCGAAAUCUUUUGUCCAGUAUUGAAGAAAUGUCACUGCGCCAAUUGCAUUCGCGUGAUCAAUUCGACGGCAAGACAUGAUGACGAUUCCGAUGACGAUAACAAUGUGCGUUACAACUCCAAUGAUAAUGAAUUUAGUCCAGUCUAUGACUGA